AUGUCAGACAAUAAGCAAAAAGUCAUCCUUCAAACCUCCGACGAUGAGCAAUUCACCGUAGAAAAGAUCGUCGCUGAGAGAUCAGCAAUGAUCAAGUCAAUGAUGGAGGACCUCGGAGAACAAGAAGGACAAGCUAUCCCACUGCCCAACGUCUCUUCCUCGGUGCUCACCAAGAUCCUCGAAUACUGUGAUCAUCACAAGAACGAGCCUCUCCCAGCUGCCGACUCAAGCGAUGCGGAUGACUCGAGAAGAAAGACCAGUGAGAUCGGUGAAUGGGAUGCAAGAUGGAUCCAAGUCGACCAAGAGAUGCUCUUUGAGAUCAUCCUCGCUGCUAAUUAUCUCGACAUCAAACCUCUCCUUGAUGUCGGUUGUAAGACCGUCGCCAACAUGAUCAAAGGUAAGACCCCCGAGGAGAUUAGAAAACUCUUCAACAUCACCAACGACUUCACUCCCGAGGAGGAAGAACAAAUCCGAAAAGAGAACGAAUGGGCUGAAGAGUAA